CAGCCAUAACUUCAAACGCUCCAAACUGAACGUUCUUCCAAAUCAAUGCAUAGUCAAAGAUGAAGAGUCCUCAGGGUUCCCUCCAUUGCAAUUAGCGAUGACGUAGGUGGCAUUCCCCUCUGAUUUAUCACCACCUUCCUCAGCAAACGAAGCAAGAAAGCCAGAUUUCACUCUCCACUGCUUUUUCUUGCAUAAUUCGAAAGUAUCUUUCUUUCAUCUUUGUUGUUUCUUUGUGUUUUUUCUUUUUAAUCUUUAUUUUACACAAAAAUGGAAGCACCCAAAUCCUCAGAGGCAGAAAGAAGCUCCAAUUCAGCUGCAAAUGACGAUCCUUCUCCUUUGCCCCAAGAGCUUGCAGAUGAGUCACUUAAAAUACCUCCAAGGUAUCUUGGGUUUGGAAGUGGCAUUAGUGAAAAGUCUUCACCUCAAUCUCCUUCCGUUACAAAUGGAGGCUCAUUGAUGGGAGGCUUUCUUCGAGCUCUAAGCUUCAAGAAAAAGACUGCUGCACCAGAUGGUGAACAAAGCUCUCUCAUCCGACCAGAUUCCCAGCCAUCUUUACAAAGACCACUUCUAGGUGAAAGAAGCUCUCUCAUCCGACCAGAUUCUCAGCCAGCUUUACGAAGACCACUUCUAGCUAAUCCAGUCUCACGCGUGAUUUGGAAACGAUGUACUUCUUUACCUUCAAGAGCUGCUUCAAACUCAUCUCCUUCUGCUUCUGCACCUGCUUUUGCCAGGACAUCCGAUGAAUGGCAAAAAUCACAAUCACUGCGGACUGGUACAUCUCAAGCUACUGUCACAAGGAUUCCCUCUGCCAAAAAUGUGGUUAUUGUGAGAUCAACAUCUUUUGCUAAACGUGAAGAUUGUGGCCCAGAUUCAUGUGAUGAAAUUACACCGGCCCCAGUGGAUGAGGAUCAAGAGAUUCCCGAGGAGGAAGCUGUUUGUAGGAUCUGUCUCGAAGCAUGUGAUGAAGGCAAUACACUGAAGAUGGAGUGCAGCUGCAAAGGUGACCUCAGACUUGUACACGAAGAGUGUGCAAUUAAGUGGUUUAGCAUGAAAGGAAACAAAAAUUGUGACGUUUGUCAGCAGGAAGUGCUAAAUUUACCUGUAACUUUGCAUUUUGUGCCAAGUACUACCCAAGGAAAUAUUAUGCUGGACCAUAAUCAGCUAACUUUGAACGCACAAAGAAUAAGUGCUUGGCAGGACUUUGUGGUGCUUGUCUUGGUUAGUACAGUAUGCUACUUCUUCUUUCUUGAGAAGUUACUGAUCCAUGGCAUGAAAACUAAGGCACUGGUGAUUGCUAUAACGUUCUCGUUUACUUUGGGUCUUUUGGCAUCUAUUUUUGCAGUCAUCCAAGCAAUUAAACAGUACAUAUGGGCCUACGCAGCUUUAGAAUUUGCACUUGUCGCCAUGAUUCUUUGCCUCUUCUACUCUAUGAUUCUGCAGAUUGUUUCUGUUUCUUGUCCCGCUAUCUAUGAGUUGCAACUGAUGCAUGAAAAUCUACCUUUGGCAGCUUCAUUUACCACCCAUUUAUUCAAUAACGCUGUCAUCAGUUUUGGGUUUCGGAGCUGCAAUGGGUCUCAAGUUCAUGUAUAGUCGAUAUUAUGCAUUGCGAGUUCAGCUUUCCCCAAGCUCUAGCAACGUGUGAUAAUUAAGCUGGCAAUAUUGUUAAUAGUUGUAACCUCUAUUGAGGGUUGGGCAAGGAUGUGUAAAAGUAGCAGUGUUUUUCUCUUCUUGAACUUCACUGCCUCCAGUUAUAUGGUUUUGAGGUAUCUUGAACUUCAUGAAAUGUGAAGCAGGCUGCGUAUAUGUAACGUUUUCCUAUUAACUAUUAAUUAUU